CGUCGAUUCAAGCAUAUUCGUCAUCGUGGUGCAUUGAUUACUCAAUUUGAUGAUAUCCGCUUAUUAAGUUCAUCUUCAUGUUCGUCAUUUUGUGUCUCUUCUUUUUUUUUGCGACUCGAUAAGCAAAGAUCUCAGUCCGUUUUGGAAUGUGAUUUGUACAAAUGCUCCGUGAUGUCCUCUACCGAAGGCUGAAACCUCCUCUGAGAUUGAGUGUGUCUAUACUAGCAAAGCCAGCUUCGCC